GUUCACUCUUCUUUUUUUUAACUUUCGCGAACAGUCAUGUUCAAAGUUACGCUUGCCGUCUUGGCCCUCGCCUGCCUUGCUCUUGCCCAGGAGCACCAGCGCUGCAUCGCUCCCUCACAGUUCGAGUCCCGCAUCGUCGAGGUCGAUCCCUCGAAGCAGUUCGAACUCCGCGGCAAGCUCGUCUAUGACGCCCACAACCAGCGCACCGCCACGAUCGAGGAGGUUGUCGUCGGCUCCCAGAAGCCCGCCUUCUACCACACCAUCACCCUUCACCAACUCGGCGCCCAGUACAACAUCAACCUCCAGACCAAGGAGUGCAAGAUCCAGACCAUCCCCCGCCAGUGGCGCCCGUUCGAAAUCCCCCACAACUCCACCUUCUACGGCGGCGUUAUCGUCGGCACUGAGGCUUUCGCUGAUUCCGGCGUUGAGGUCGACCUGUGGGGCGGCCACACUGAGAGCGGCGACUCGUGGACUGGUGCCUUCACCAGCCGCAUCUGCAUCCCCGUCUCCGACUCUGUUCGCGGCGACAAGAUUGGCUUUGUCCACACUAGCUUCUUCGACACCGUCCUCGGCAUCUCCGACCCCAACGUCUUCAUCCCCCCGUCCAACUGCGUUCGCGCCUAAGCUACGCGUUCGCAACUGGUGUGUUGAGACAAAGUGCUGCUGUUCCCUGAAUGUCGCAUUGUUUCGCAAUUGUAAAGAAGACAUCGUUCUAAAACAAACCAAAACAAAAAAGCACCAAAAGGGUUGCAAUUUCA